AUGGCCGACGACUUCGACGAAGACAUCAAUCGGUAAGUGGAGAUUUUUUGAGCAAUAUCUCGGAACGACUGAGUCGAAAUUUGUCUAGGAAUCUCGUUAGCCGUCUUAAGUCAUCAAGAUCAGGUUUUUCCCGUCCCAAUGCGUGGAAUUUAGCCGGAUCAACGCGAAAUCGUGUAUAAAAUAGGCCCAGAAGCUUGUUCUGCAAAACGCUACGCAAUUUAGCCCCUUAGAAGCCGUUGAGCCCGCUUAGAAUCGCCUAAAAUCAUCAAAAAUCGGGAAAAAUGGAGGUUAAAUCGAAAAAUUUCGAACCCCUACCGCUGAAACCCCGGGAGUCGGAUCUCGGUCUGGACUGAAAUUUUUGGACCAACCGCCUCCUGAACACGAAGGACCUGCAUUCUGUUCACCACCCCAGCUCUCUCAAAUUCUACGACGACGUUAUACGGAGGGUGGGAGGUUUUCGAAAAGUGGGUGGAGUUCCGUUGCGACCAUCAACUGUGCUCUCCGUCCGUCCCCCUUCGCAGCCAGUCGGACGCGUUGAGAGCGGUCAGUGGGCGGGGCGCGGACUGUUUUCGGUUCCCCCAAUUUUGCGUUCAUUCGUCGCCCGAAGAAACGAGAGAAUGGGGCAAACGGGGAGAGCGCGACGAGGGAGAGGGCGUUGUUCGGAGGGCCCAGACAUUUUUCGAUUCGAAAAAUAUGAGGGCGAAUGGGGAAGAGCGCAAUGACUUCUCGGACACCCCGCCCCUCUCUGAGCAAACAGAACGCUCCCUGAAUUUCGCUUCGACGUGCAAGUCUCGCCAAUUUCACUAUGAUUUAGUGCUCUCUUCCUCCAGACUCACUGCUCUCUCACCGCCUCUAGGAAUCUCGAUGACAGGAUGUUGGUCCCUCGCACGCCGCUCUCGCUCUGUACCCAACGUCCGAACGCAAAGAGAAGAAUUAUUCCGGCAAUUGUCUUCGCAAAAAAACGGGGCGUGGCCUGGAAGACAAAUCGAAUGCACGGUGCAGUUUUCCAUCGGUUUUGUCCCCGCGUUGGAAAGGCGGGGGGCAAAUCGACGAGGGAACAAAACGCCGCAGAAUUGGGACAGAACGCUCGCAAGUGCAUGAAACUAUAGCGCUUGUUUGUCAUAGAACCCGAUGCCGGAGGCGCGGUCGUGCAAUUUGCGACCCCAACAACAUGUUCAAGAACUUUGAACGGUGGUGACGGCCGAUAAGUUGAAGGAAAGGCUAAAAAUUUGAGGGCACUGAUAGCUGCACCUCCAACAUUGCUCUAAUUGUAAAAAAUCAAAAAAAAAAAUUUCAAAAAUAGUUGCUGGCAACUUGCCAAAACUUUGAAAGCGCUUUUUUAAGUGCUCUUGACGCAUCAAGUAUGCAUUUCCACUAAAAUAGAACUUGUUUGAGUUGAUAAAAAAACGAUACUCAAUGGGAGAUCUCGUACGAAACGUAAAACGAAAUCAAAAAUACAGGGUGGUCCAGCUAAGUUCGCGGAUGUAAAAUGCUUAUAACUUUUUAUAGGAUUGUUCAAUUUUUAUGAGCAAUAGCUCAUUUUAUUCCUUAGUAGUUGCCAUUUUGUUUAAAAAAAAUAUCAUUAAAAACGAUCAAUCCUACGUCGAGUUAUGACCCUUCAAAGUCAAACAUGCUUUUUCACGUAAAUUUUUAAAAAAAUUUAAUUUUCAAAAAUUUUUGAAUUGCGGUGUCACCGCUCGCUGGUACCGGGAAAUGAUGGUGAACAGAGCGAUCCCAGCUAUCCAAAAUUGGCCUAAUUUUGCCAGUUUUGUUUUUCAACAAGACGGCGCGCCACCUAUAGCGGUCCGUCAACUCCUUGACCAGGUUUUUCCAGGUCGUUGGAUGGGCCGGGGAUCUGCGCGGCAACCAGCUCCAAUUGCUUGGCCCCCGCGUUCACCUGAUCUAACUCCGCUAGAUUUCUCCAUUUGGGGGUUCUUAAAACAGCGGAUUUUCAUCAGGGAUUGGCGCCCAAAGACGUGGAAUUGAAGCGCGUAAUCGAAGAAGAGGUGGAACGAGUUCGCCAGGAACAAAUGAGGCGCCAAAUUAUGGAAGAAUACCAAAGACUGGCAAAAUUGGGCCAAUUUUGCAUAGCUGGGAUCGCUCUGUUCACCAUCAUUUCCCGGUAACAGCGAGCGGUGACACCGCAAUUCAAAAAUUUUUGAAAAUUAAAUUUUUUAAAAAAUUUACGUGAAAAAGCAUGUUUGACUUUGAAGGGUCAUAACUCGACGUAGGAUUGAUCGUUUUUAAUGAUCUUUUUUUUAAACAAAAUGGCAACUACUAAGGAAUAAAAUGAGCUAUUGCUCAUAAAAAUUGAACAAUCCUAUAAAAAGUUAUAAGCAUUUUACAUCCGCGAACUUAGCUGGACCACCCUGUACAAAUAAGGCCUAAAAUAAUUCGGAUAUCCAAAAAAAAAAAAUUAUAAAUCAAGCUGUAUUUUCCUGAAAAUUGACUUAUUCAUCUUUCUUGAUCUCCAAAAUACAUUCAAUCAAAAGGCCAAACCGACCUUUAUUUUUUCUGUUUUUGGAACAGAAAAAUGCGGGAAAAUCGCGCAGAUACGAGAAAAAAUGAUCUGAGGUGCCCAAAAUUUGUCGACUUUUUAUGGACCUUGAGAGCAGUGUAUGCGAUUCUGAGUAAGUUCACCUAAAAUUCAAAAAAAAAAAUGAAAAAUUACCAUUUUUAUUUUUAUUGUUUUAGGUAACAAAUAGGUGUAAGAUUGCACUUUCGGUUCUGAAAUUGUCUUUAAAUGCUUUAAGAUUAAAGAUAGACCUGAUACACGUCGUAGCGGAGCUGCAUACCACAAAAUCUCGAAAUAAAAAUUUCCUUUUAGCGAUUUUUUGACUAAAAUAAUGUCUUUUACAGAAAAAGAUCCAAAAUUGCGAAUGCUUCUCUCUGACGGGUGAAUUAAAAUUCUUUUAAGUCUGUGGCAUCGAUAUUCUUCUUACAGUGCCUUUGUAACCCGAGAUUUUGCCUGUUUUUAGCCAUCCACAUUACUUUAGUCAACUACAACAAACUUUUUUUUAUAGAGACUGGUUCCUUGAUGAGGAUGAGUACCCAAAGCCCUCGCCGUCACAACACAUCUUGGAGCCGCCGCAGGACGAUUUGUUCAGUCAAGGCGGCUUCAAUCAACCCGCUCCGCAUCAGAACAACGACUUCGACCUGGUUGUUCCAGUGGAAGGUGAUUGCGGAAGUGUCAGCGGGCAGAAUCAGCGAUUCAAUCAGCCGGUGGUCUACCAACAACAACAGGGCUAUGAUGGGAAGGUGAGGAGAUUACUUGUUGUGGGUAUUGCAACUUUUUCGUUUUGAUUUUUCCAAUAAAAUCCGUGACACUUCGAAAUUUCUAUGAAAAGUCAAAAAAUAAUUUAUUUUGCUUUUGAUAAGCGAGAUUUUGGAUACGUCAAUGCAGUUUAGUACUUGAUUUGUUUAACUAAAUUUUACGUUUCAGCAAGACGACAUAGUUCACCACUCUCAGCCGUCAACGUCGAGUCAACAGACCUACGAGAUCAACGGUGUCCAAUACGUCCAGCAACCGGUCUCAUCCCAACCCCAGCAGUUCACCAGUCAAGACCAAGGCCAGGUGCAGUAUUUUACGCAAGGCCAAUUCGAGCAAUGGGAUCAAACGGGUCAGCAAUUCCAGAUCCAAUACCUCGACGACCAAUCCAACCAAGGGGAGCGGCAGCCGGCGCAACAAUUUGUAAAUGUAAAUAAUAUACGGGUCAGUCAGGCGCAAUCCCAACUCCCCCAACAGGUCCAAAUCCCCGCCGGCCAAGUGGCGCAACAACUCUUGAUGCCCGACGGAAAAGUGGUCCUGGUCCUCACGCAGCAGAACCAAGAUCCCCAACAACCCACCGGUCAGUACAUCCAGCAACAAAUCGCGACUUCAAAUGCGCAGAAUGCGAUUCAAGGACAAAAUGUGGUCAUGUUGAAGAAUGGACAACAGCAACCGCUGAGGAUAGUCCAACAAAAUCAGUCGCAACAGCAGAUGCAGAAUGUGGAAAUGGAGCAGCAGCAAAGUCAGAAUGUAAGAUUUUUUGUUUUUUGUAAAAUUAUAGGAUGAUACUUGGGAUAUUUUUUUAGCUAUUAACUUGGGAAAUUAGGUAAAAUUUUUUUUUUGAUUUUUGAAGAUCGUUGUUUUUGGGCCACAGGGCUUAUAUUUUUUUGCUAUAUAACUUUAUAUUAUUAAUAGGCCCAUUCCCAAAAAUAUAAGCUUUAUUAAUUCUGAUCUUUUAUCUCAAAAAAAAGCAAAAAUAAAAAAAAAAAUCACUUUUAACCCUUACGAUUCAAUUAAUAUUUUCUUCCCAGAAGCCAGAAACUCCCACAAAAAAGUCGAAAGCCAAAAAGCCCAGUAAAAAGCAGCUUGCUCAGAUGGCCUCCCAGCAACAGCCACAGUAUCAGCAGCAGAAUUCGCAACCCGUCCAGAUCACGCAAGGCAUCCAAAACCAAGUCCAAUAUCAGCCGCAACAAAUGCUCGUAAUGAGUCCUCAGGUGCCGGUGUCGCCGACGAAAAAUCGCCGCCCAAACCAACGAUCUCAGCCGGGCCAGGUGGUGCAGGUCAGCCAGCCGGGCCAAAUGCAGCGGCAGGUCGUGGUGACGCAGUCCGGCCAACAAAUCCUCGCCCAACCCGGUCAACAGGGCAACAUUGUGGGCCAUCUGCAAGGACAACAAUUCCCGGGACAGGUGGUCCAGGUCAGCUCCACCGGACAGCCCAUCCAAAUCCAACAAAUGGGCCAACCGAUGAUGCAGAUGCAACCCCAAGUCCAGCAGAUUAUUGUACCGAGCAAGGACGACAUCAUGCAGAAGAUGAUGUCCCUAACUUCGGUCAGGUUCAGCACCCCAGAACAGUCCGCAGAGUUUGGAUCGGUGAUGACGGAAAUUGUCAGCUUGCCUGAUGUGAGUUGAAUUUUAAUUUGAGCGGAUUGAAAGUUAUUUCUAGCCCUUUCGGAAAGUCGCCGGAAUGAAAUCCGCGACACGCACUGUGCGAAAAAAAAAGUUUUUUUGCACUGUGCAAUUUCUUGCUUUUUGCACGGUGCAAUAGGUUUUUUUGGACUGUCGCUCGCACCCCGACUUUUUUCGCACAGUGCAAGCUCCAAAAAUCAGUCCGGCGACACGCACUGUGCGAAAAAAGUUUUCUUGCCUAUUGCACGGUGCAAAAAGCAAUUUCUUGAAUUUUGCACAGUGCAAUAGGUUUUUUUGGGCUGUCGCUUGGAUCCUGAUUUUUUUCGCACAGUGCAAGCUCCAAAAAUCAGUCCGGCGAGUUGCCGGAAGGACUAUUAUUAAAUGAUUUUGACGAUAUAUGUGCAAGACCAAAAAUUUACUUCGCACUGUGCAAUUUCUGGCUUUUUGCACCGUGCAAAAAGCGAUUUGUAACACUAAAUUCAAUUUAAUGGACCUGAUUCCCUCAAGAAUAUUUGAAAAAUUUAUUUUGAAUUUUUUUAGAACGCUCCUCCAGAGAAGUUGAUCGAAGUCUCAAAUCGAUUGGACGCACUCAUAGCGCAGGCCGAAAAGGAGACGGCGGAUUCGAAAACCCAACCAAAACCGGUCAAAGACAACAAACCCAAGCCUCAGCGAAAGCCGAAAGUUCAGCCGAAGCCUCCACCACCGCCAGUCCAACAGCAAUACGUCCAUCAGCAAGGCCCAUCCACCUCCCAACCCCAAAUCAUUCAACGACCGCAGGGCAUUCAACGCCAGGACGUUCAUUUCCAAAACCAACCUCAAUAUCAGACGGUUCAGCAGCCAAUCCAACAAGUUCAACCGCAACAACAGGUGAGAUGUUUUUUUAUUUUGAUGGGGAAUAUAAGAGCAUUGGUUAAAAAAAUUUAUUUGGCUUUAAGUUUGGAAAUAAUGGAGAAGAAUUUACAGAAAUUUUUGGGGUCUUUAUUAUGCGAAAAAGUAGCCAAAAAGGGAAUUAAAAUUUUUUUAAAAACUUUAAAUUUCAGCCAAACGCCAAAAAGCCGCGCCCAAAGAAGCUCACCAAGAAGCAGCAGCAAGAAUUGGAGCGCCAACAACAGCUUCAAGACGCUCAAGGCAGGCCAGUCUACGUGGUUCAGACGGCCCAAGGUCCUGUUUACACGCAGAAUGGCCAACAAAUCGUCUUUCAAUAUCAUCCCAGUCAAGGCUCGGCUGGAAUGGGCGUCCCAAUGCCGGUCCGCGCUCCAACUCCCAUUGUUUUGCCAACGCCGAAGGAACUAGCGGCGAUGGUCAAGAAAAAACAGGAGCAGAGAAGGAACAAGUAGGUUAAAGUGGAUUUUAGUAAUAUUUUUGAAGGUUAUGGAGAAUUUUUUAUGGAAAAAGUUUUGAGUUGGACGAUUGGGGAAACCGAAAAGUAUUAUUUUUCUUCGAUGCAAGUGUGAAAUUAGGAUAAUCGAGGGUGCUGAUUUCAAAAAUGACAUUCAUUUUUUUUGAUCCUUACUUUUUUCUUUAAGUAGUACUGUAAAGUAGUAUUUUUUGAAGUUUUUUUUCACAAAUACUCGAUUUUGGGAGUUUCGAUGGUGCUGAUUUCGAAAAUCUUACUUAUUUUUUCUGAUUUGAAAACAGCACUACCAAAAACCCAAUCGAGUAUUCAUGAAAAAAAUUCAAAAAUUACUACUUUACAGUACUGCUUAAGGAAAAAAGUAAAGACCAAAAAAAGAAUGAAUGUCAUUUUCGAAAUCAGCACCCUCGAUUAUCCUAAUUUCACACUUGCAUCGAAGAAAAAUAAUACUUUUCGGUUUCCCCAAUCGUCCAACUCAAAAAAAUUUGUAAAAGGAAAUAUUGGGCUUCUAAAAAUACCUGGAACGGGACCAUAAAUUGUUUUCGGCCAGUGAAAACGAGAUUAUUUACAGAAUCGCCUGUUUCUUCAAUGUGAUCAAGGAGAAGCUGAACGAAACGGAUUACAUAUCCCCAUUCAAGGGGUUGGCCGAUGUUUUUGAUCGUCUUCUGCCGUUUGGGCUGUUGGAUGAGCCGGAACAUAGCGAGGAACAUCUGAAACAUGGUGAGAAAGUUUUUGGAAAAUAAAACUUUUGAAAAAAAAUUUUGUUUUUUUUGGAAUUUUUCAUGAUUUUUUUGGAGUUUCAGUUGAUCGAGAGCUCCUCCGGCACCAGGUUUACAUGGACGCCAAGCUGAAACGAAUCGAAAACAAGAUGCGAUCGAUUUAUUUCAAGGAUGCGGUCGGAGAGAACGAACACAAAGCCGAACUGAACAUGCUCCUCUACUUGGACGCGGAAUACGAACGACGCCGUUUCGAAGCCGACAAAAAAGAAGCCAAACAAGAUCUGGAGGGAUUCUUGCGGGAGUCGGAGAUUGUUCGCUUCGGCUCAGACGUGGAUGAGGUCCAGGAGAAGAUGAGAGCCCUCCAGAAUCAAAAAGUUGAGGUCCCAUCGACCAGCACCUACGAGUACAAAGAGUUUGAUGAAGAAUUCUUCUUUCGAGAAAUCCCACGAACCCCCACCCCACCGACGGAGAAGAAAAAACAGGAGAAGAGGCACAAGAAGCCACAGUUUGGAUACUUAUAUGAAUCUGAUGAGGAUGAAGACGAAGAAGAGGACUCAGAAUCAGAAGAAGAGGAGGUCAGACCGCAGACAGUGCAGUCCAGCUCGGAUGAGUCGGAAGAAGCCGAGAUUGCCCCUGAUUUUGAACAACCAAGAGCUCCAGUCAACGUCCAACUUGAUGAAGAUGACGAAGAGGAUGUGCAGUUUGUUUCGGUAAGAAAGUCGAAGUCGUCGGAUAUAGAAGUGAUUGGCGAAGUUGAAGCGAGAACAGAGGGUAAGUUUUGAGGAUUUUUUGAAGGAAAAUUUAGCCCAUGAUUUUGGAGAGAAAUUUUUAUCAAAAAAAAUUUUUUUCAGCGCUUCCUCAAGAACAACCUGAUCGAUCCCAGCUCCAAAAUCAACCAAAUCUGGGGUUCGAUUCCAAACCUGGGCACUAUGGCUAUGGCCAACAGCCUAGCCUUCUGCCAGAACAGGAUCAAUUCCAUCCCAUUGCCGCCACUUCCCAACUGGAUCGACAAAUUCAAAUUGACCGCGAACAGAUCGCCCAUGUGCAACGAGAGAUCGAAGAGAUGAAGCAGAUGGAAAGUCAGUUCGCUCAGUCCCAAAACCUCCAGCCCUCCCCCAACCGAAGCUAUCAACAAAUCCACUCGCACCAAUCCACCCAUCCCCUCAGCCAUCCCUCAAUUCAUGCGCCAACGCCGCCUAGUCGGCCACAAAUCCACACUCCGGCCAGCCAUCCGCACCAAAGCAUCCCGACCCCACCAAGCCGCCAGAAUGUGAUGAUGAACACUCCUCCCGGCUCAAUCCCCGGCUAUCCGGGAUCCGUCGGAAAGCCGGGCUCAGCAAAUCAACAGUUUGUUGGCAGCACAGGCCUCCCCCAGAUGCAACGGCCCGGAUCGGUGGGACAAAUGGGACCUCCUUCCGUCAACCAACAACAUUUGAUGAUGCAGAAUCAAAUGGGACUCCAGAAUCAGCAAAUCCAGCCGCAAUUCCCUCAUCCCGCUCAUGCUGUAGCUGGAAUGGGACAAAACAGUCAGAUGACUGGAAUGGCAGCACCGAUUCAGCACCCUCAGACAGCUCAGAUCCCUCAAAUCCCUUCAAAUUUGGGGCUGAAAACCCGUCAGGACAAACCGAACCGUCCCCUGGAUAAACGAAAUUUCCCGGACAUCCCAGAUGACCUAGCGAAUAUCGAACCGUUCUAUGCGGCGAAUGGACCAAUCAUGCCGAACGAACAAGGCCAAUUCGAACAGAGUCGACAGUUCAGACGACAGGAAGAGGAAAAACGAAUUGAAGAAAGGAACCUGGAACAAGAACGCCAAAAACGGGCCGAUUUGGAACGAAGACAGGCUCAUGACCUAUUCCUCCAACGCCAACUCAAACAACAACAGGAAAAAAUGAGAUUGCAGAACGAAACACAGCCUGCGGCGAUGAAUGUUGAUCGCCGAAUUGGUAAUGAGCCCCCUCAAAGGGAAUUGGAAAAAUUUUCGCAGCAAAAAUUGAAUGUGAACGAAGGACUUUUGGCCCUCCAACAGCUCCAAAAAGAACAACAGAGAUUGGUGGAACAGCAACGAGAAGACGCCAAAAGACAAGAGGAGGCCAGAAAAGUCCUAGAAGAGCAAAAAAGAAGAGCUCAAGCCAACGAUCAAGCCCGAUUGCAUCUGGAAAAUGUCCAAAAACAGAGACUUCAGAACGUCAACCCAAUGGCUGGUCUCCUAAGCCAACAAAAAGAGCUCACGAGAGAGAUGAAUCGCGAUUCUGGAGCCAUGAGAGGCAUGCCGAAGCCGGCUGACACCUUAACUCAGCCAAAUUUGCCGAAAGAUUUGAGGAUUUCCGGAGCUCAACAAGGAAUUCCGCCAGAAAUUGGCCCAAAACUUGACUUUUUGUCCCAGAAACCAGUCGAAAAACAACCCUUCGACUUUGCAGGCCUGAAUUUGACCGCGGAAAUGCAGAGAAACCUGAGCAACAUGAACCAGGAGAUGAACUUGCCAUUCGGCGGAGAAAACCAAGCCUUGGUGAACUUCAUCCAAAGCAUGAAUAAGAGCAGAUUGGAUGAGUUUCAAGCAAAGUCCAUGCAGAAAAUGGGAGAUUCGUCGAGUUUCGGCGGACAAAAAGGAGCGCUCAAUAGUCUGGUGGAACCGAAGAAGAUGACGACUUCUCAAGACAUUUUUGGUCGAAAAAACAGCCGAACAAUGCCUCAAAAUGCCUUUGGAAGCCAACAACAGCCCAUGAACUCGCAGAAAUUACCCGAAAAAGACGUUAGACUUGGCCAGACAAGCAUCAAAGGCCUAAAAUUGGUCCCACAAAGUCAGGCAACGGCCAAAGUUCCAAGCCAAGAAGAAAAAAGGCCCGGAAUGGCUGCGAAUUUGAUGGAAAAAGCGGAGAAAACGGCUCCGACCACAAAAACGGUCGAUUUCCAAGCCCUGAAAAACAUCCCGAAGCCGACAAAGCCAAGCCAAGAACAGAAACUUUCGAAUAUCCAGCUGACGAAUAGUCGAUUAAAAACUGCGAUUGGGGAUCUUCAACGGAAUGCACAAUCAAAACCCUUGUCCGGCGGAUUGGUUGGCCGCAAUUUGACGCUUCAACCGAUGAAUCCGGCGGAGAAAUUGAAGUUCUCGUCGGAUAUUGCCCCACCGAAAUUCCCCACGGUCCAACCGCUGGCUGGGAAUGUCGCGGCGAAGAAAAAAGGCGAUGAUCACGAUACUCCCACUGUGGUAGGUUCAAUCUUGAUUUUUGGGGCAAAAUUUGAAGGAAAAAUUAUGCUACCUUAACAAAAAAUUUUUUUGAAAAAUUAAUUUUUCUUUUUUUCCAGAGUUCCAAUGCCCAAAUGCCUCUGAAAUGGCGAAUGAAACGAGAACUCAUCGCCGCUCCCGCCCCUCCAGCCCCAUCUCCCUCCGUUGCGCCAGCAAACCCACCUCUCCCAUCACUGAAAUUGAAAAUCGCCCUCCCGAAAAAAGACGAAGAAUCGGAUCGGAAAGAGCGAAAGAAGCUGAAGAAAGAGGAAAAAAGGAAGCUCAAGGAAGAGAAGAAGGAGAAAAAGAAGCACAAGAAGGAACCGGAGAAUUUGGAUUAUUUCCAGGCCAACGAUCAGCCAGGCCCUUCGAAUUGGAACAACAAUGAAGCAAACGAGCAGAAACCCACUCCGAUACAGUCAAAUGGCGGCUUGAAACUAAAGAUCCGACUUGGCCCCAAACCGGAGGAAGAGAAGAAUUUGGGAAAAUUAGAGAAGACGGAGGCAAAUUUGGAUUCAUCGACCGGUCGAGUGGAUAAUGGAGUGGCAAAGCCAGCUGCUCCAGUUACAUCUCAAGAAUCACAGCUUGAACCAAUACGACCAUUGAAGAUGAAAAUUCGACUCCCGAAGCCGGAGCCUCCUCCAAUGUUUGAGCCGGAAGAAGAAGGCCCACCCCAAUUGGAAGCCCAAAAAGUCCCCAAAUUGACCCUGAAAUUCAAAAAAGAAAAGGGCGAAGAGCCGGAGGAAGAGCCGAAGAAGAAAAAGAAAAAGCACAAAAAACACAAACGCCACCGAUCCCAGAGUCCGUCGGACGAAAACGAACGCCCGGAAAAGAUCCCCAAAAUCAGAAUCAAGGCGUUGGCACCCCCGCCCGAGCCGAAAGAAGAGAAGCCGACGCCGUCGACGAGUCAGAAUCCCUUUGCAAUCGAGGCAUCAACUCCGCAGUUUAGUGAUGUUGAAGGUAAAUUUUUUUUUGAAAAAUACUCGGAUCUUGUUGAAACUGUGAGAAGAGUUAGGUGAAAAUUUCCUAUUUUUGAACCCAAGGUUGAUAAACUUGCAACUUUUCAUUUGGGACAGACCAGGUAUCUGGCCAAUAUUUAUAUCCAAUGUUGCAAAAUUGAUUGACUGGCUAGCCAAGGGGUUACUCCGUGUUCACAACGGAGGAUAGGUUGCUCAUGACCAAGCUCGCGACAUAGGUCGUGACCAAGGUCAAGGUGGUUGCCCAAAAUUACCCGAAAACGGUUUCAAUGUUGACUAUGAUCAUCAGCACACCUUCUUUAUGUUAGGUCUUCGCAAAGCUCACGAUCUAGGUCGUGACCAUAGUCAAUGUGGUUGUGACCUGACCUAACUGAGAUGCCAAAACCGUCUGAAACACACAUCAUGCUACUAGUUGUUCCAGACGGCUUUGGUGCUUCAUUUGGGUCAGGCCACAACCACACUGACAAUGGUCACGACCUAGAUCGUGAGCUCGGUGGCGAUCCGACCUAAAGAAAGUGUCUUGACCAUCACAGUGAAGCAUUGAGACCGUUUUCAUGUAAUUUUGGACAACCACCUUGACCUCGGUCACGACCUAGGUUGCGAGCUUGGUCAUGAGCGGCCUAUCCUCCGUUAUGAAUACGGAGUAAUCCCCUUGGCUAGCUAGUCAACCAAUACUGCAACACUGGAUAUAAAUAUUGGCUCGAUACUCGGUCCACCCCAAAUGAAAUCUGUCCGAAAUGAAGGCUAGCCGACAGUCUUUGCCAUUUCUGGCAAUUUUUCUCAAUUUUAGCCAUCCUUUUUUAGAUUACUCCGACGACGAACGUCUGUGCCACCUCUCCAGCAAACUUCUGACCAAACUCAAAUGA